AUGGCGCCUUUGCUUUUCCGACUGCUGCUCGUGCUUCUCGUGGCGGGAACCGAUGGCCUUCGAAAGCACCACCGGAGGCAUGGCCACAAGCGCGUGCAAGUGGCCAACACACCGGAGGCCGUGCUGUCCGAUGAGAGCUUGAUGGCAGAAGAGCGAAUGGCUGAACAACUUGUCAAGGAAGCAGAGGAAAAGGUUGACGACGAGCUGGCAGCCAGCGCCACCAAGGACCCUGCUGUCAAAGAGCACAAAGACAGCGGUGCCGAAAGCAAGGUUGAAAAGACAACUGAGAAAAAGCCUGAAAGCAAAGCAGACGGCAAAACGGACCCGGCACCAAAGUCGAAGCCGGAAGCCGACGCGGUGAAGUCCAAGAAGCAGAACGAGAAGAAGGAGGACGCGGACAAGGAUGAUGAUGAUGAGGAGGACGAUGUGGAGGAGACUGCGGCUCCCGAGAAGAAGAACAACGAGCAAAGCAAAAGCGGAACCUCGGCGCCAGAGGAGACUAAAGCCAAAUCGGUCAAGUCUGGAUGUCGCGAAUCGACGGUGGCUCCUUUGCUCCUCCUGUCCUUAGCGUACACGAAGCUUUUCUGA